AUCCUGACGUCAGGAGAAGGCGUGUGGGUGCGACUGCCUCCCCCAUAUUUUAAAUCCAUCAGAAGGCUGCUAUUAAAAGGGGAGGCGGCGGCAGCGGCGAAGAGAGGGAGAAGCCUAGCCCCUUGCAGAAGGGCCGCGCCUCCUCCUGAGAUGGUGGUAGAGUAAUCUGUCGCCUUUUUCCGUUGAUGCAGAAAAAUGUUCCGAAUUCAACGUCUGCCAAACUCUACCAUGAGCUAGAAAGGAAGAACCAGGAGUGCACUCUCAAUUUUUCAGUUUGGCCUCAGGUGACAUCAGGUGAUGGGCAGUUGGCUGGGAAGACUGGAAGUUCCUUAUCACAGGAUUAUCUGGAUUCAUUUCAGUCUGGCCUCAGGCCUGUGUUUGGCACUGAAACACCCUUGGUAACCAUCAUGCCAGGAGAAGGACAGGGGAGUGUGGCCUUGCUAAUUCUCCUGGGUCUCUUGGUGACUUUUCAUACCAGUGACCAUGGUAUUGUUCUAGAUGAGCUGUCCAAGUUGGGGGCAUUUAUCUUCAGACUGCGAUUCUGUUCAGAUGGACAAUUGUAGAAGAUUGUGCUGGGGAGCUAUUGUCCAUCUCUGGCGUUAUACUAUGGGGUUCCACUGGCUUCCACCUUCCAUGCUAUUUAACAUUUCAUAUGAAAGUGAGGUCAUCUAGAUACUGAUGGCACAUCUCUCCAGUGGCAUCCAUCUCUAUUCCUCCUGUUCAUCUUGUUUCAGGUUGAUCCCAAAGGCCGAGUGCUGUUACUACUUUCCUGUUAACAUCACUUCUGUUCCAGAAGACAGCCACACCAUGUCAUCUGACCAAACGUCUCAGUCCACUGUGCCACCUCUCCACUCUCCGAAGUCACCUGUGUGGCCCAUUUUUCCUUUUAACAGAGAGGGAAGCCGGAUCUGUGAGAGAGGUGCCCACCUUCUUCGGGACUUACCCAGUCCCCUUCCCACAAAAAGAACCAGGACAUACUCUGCGACAGCUCGUGCCUCUGCUGGUCCUGUCUACAAGGGUGUAUGUAAGCAAUUUUCACGCUCCCAGGGCCAUGGCUUCAUCACCCCAGAGAAUGGCACAGAGGACAUAUUUGUACAUGUGUCUGACAUUGAGGGGGAAUAUGUUCCAGUAGAAGGCGAUGAGGUCACAUACAAGAUCUGCCCCAUCCCACCAAAGAAUCAGAAGUUCCAGGCUGUGGAGGUGGUGCUUACCCACUUGGCUCCACACACAAAGCAUGAAACGUGGUCCGGCCAGAUAAUUGGCUCGUAAACUUCUUUCUGAGCCUGCAGAGCAACUCCACCAGGAAGUGGAGUUGGAUGGUGUGGUGGGUGGUGGAACUGCUGGAGCAAUGGAAGAGAGUCCAGGCUGGCAAUUCUUGUUUGCAGUGUGACAUGUUUGCAUUUAUGUUGUCUUUCCUAAGAUUUACGUUUUUGUUUGUAAGUGUGCUUUUCCAAGAUGGCAAGCAGGAAAUGGAAAAGAGUUGCUGGGUGGAUUUCCUCCUAUGUCUCAUGAGCUCCUCAUUGUACCUGAUUGGGCAAAGGCAGCGUUCCUGUUUGUUUGUACUGUAUGUGUGUGUCCAUCCAGAAAGACAUACUGGUAUUUGUCUUGCUGCUACCCUAAACUCAUUAACAAAAGGCUUGUAUAUUAUUCUGCUCCCUUUAACAAAUGCUCCCAUUGCUUUUUCAACAGGGGCUGGUCCAGGAAGUCGGCCCAGGGGAUGUUAUGUUAAGCUCCCUUGUCCUUCUCAACCAGAGAUGCAGUAAUAUUUGGGGGGACACUAGUACAUGGCUUGAAAAUAUUUGGGCUAUAGUGUCUUCCAGACCUUUGCACAAACUGUGCCAUCCACACAGAUUACCUGAAGGUAGUUUUUGUCCCAUUCUUUCAUCCCCCUCCUCCAGCAGGGGAUCACGACUUGCACUUCCUCACUCUCAGUUCCAUUGAUGACACUCUUGUGGAUUUUUCUCUGUUAAGAUCAGUGGCUUGGCUCCCACAGGUAGAUGAGCUUUGGGGACAGGAUUAUUGGUUUGGUGACAGAUGCUGCUCCUCACCCCCCAUAACUGCAAACGCAACAGGCUUUAUCUGGAGGAGGUUAUCUAGAGAGCUAGUAGAAUGCAUUACUGAAGAAGCAGUUUCUGAAAAAAUAAACAUGAUCCAUACUGUCCCUCCUCUCUUGAGUGAUAUUCACAACUGAAUGUCAGUUCCUUCUGAUGCAGCACAGAGAAAUGACUAGUCUUACUUAGUCCCCUGACUGAACAGGAGUCAAGAAUUUGGAGGUCUGGGUUAAUAGAGCACCAGACAUGAUCUCUGAGGCCAGCCUGCUAUCAGAAGUGGUCUAGGAACUGCCAGAUCCUGUGCUGCUUCUAUCUGUCCAAGGCAUAAUGUGAGUUACUCUGUGCCAGAAGUGCUGAGUGUUCACUUCUUUGGUAUUAUGUAGCAGUUUAGGUACUUAAUCCUUCAGGAAAAUAGUAAAUUGGCAUUAUUGUGAAAAAUGCUGGGCUGUCUUCUUUAUGCCAUUGAUACAGGUUUAUUUUCCGAGCAAAUCAUUCUGAAUGCUAUGUUGUAGGAGUCUUUAUUCAUUUUAAUUGCUGUCAAAAUCUUCCCCUUUUUACAGAGUCUUUUCAGUGGAUUUUUUUUAUUUAUUUAUUUAAUUACAUUUCUAGACCGCCCUAUAGCAGAAAGCUCUCAGGGCGGUGUACAACAAAUAAAAUCACAAUUAAAAUAUGA